UGAUUAGACAUUUAAAUUAUGUAUUUUGUUAAAAUCAUAUUUUUGUAUGGAAUUGUAUUAAUUAUAAAAUGGCGGGAGGAUUUUUCCGGAUAAUUCCAUGUAGGGUAAUUUUGGGUAUUCUUGGAACUAUCGGUAUGGCUAUAACGUACGGUUUAAAAUACAAUUUGAGACUUGCCUUCUUUGGAAUGAUAAAUUAUGUAGCUUUAGCUAAUAUCAGCGAAGUGGGCCUGUACGAGUUCUGCCCUGAUAAUGACUCCAAAAGCAAAUAUGUUUUAACGGAAGGUCCUUUUCUUUGGGCAAUACAUCUUCAAGAAAUAAUCUUCUCAUCGUACUAUUUGGGUUAUUUAUUUAGUAUAUUCCCAGGCGCUCUGCUGGCCGAAAAUUUCAGCGCAAAAUGGACGAUGUUCUGUGCAGUUCUUAUAAAUGUUAUUUGCACUGCAAUGACGCCGUUUAGUGCAAACCUGCAUUAUAUUAUGUUAAUAGUAAUGAGAAUUGUAGCGGGUAUUGGUGGAGGGUUAACGUUUCCAGCGAUGCACGUUUUAUUAUCAAAAUGGUCGCUACCAUAUGAAAGAACGAUAAUGUGUGCCGCGGUUUAUUCUGGAACUGCAUUAGGGACCAGUUUAAGUAGCAUAUUUACACUACUUAUAGAGUCCGGUUUGGAUUGGAAAUGGGUUUUUUAUAUAAUGGCUACUGCAAGCGCUGUUUGGUUACCAUUGUGGAUAGGUUUUGUUUAUGACACGCCGGAAAAAUCACCAAUUAUUACUGAAAAUGAAAAGUCUUUAAUUAAGGAUUCUGUGGGAGACGUGUACCCAGAAUCGAAAUUUCCUGCGAAAGCAAUUUUUACAUCUUUACCGUUUUGGGCUCUUUUGAUAGCCCAUACAAGCAUUAGCUGGGUAUGGUACACUUUGAGCAUCCUAACAUUUGUCUAUCAUAAAUCUUAUUCCAAACUUGCGAUUGCCUCGAUGAAUGGUUACUGGUUCAUGGUUCUAUGGAUUGCCAGUUUAAUUAUUGCUGGAGAAUUCCAUCGACAUAUGAGAAAGGAAACUACAACUACAACAAAAGCAAGAAAAGAAGUAAUUAUAACAUGUAGUAUAAUUGCAAUAAUAUGUUUCGUUCUGCUAUGUUUGGUAGGAUGUGUUGAUUGGUUUACGACUAUAUUUAUUAGUGUAGGUUACUCUAGCGUAUUGGCGAUUUUUCUUGGAAUACUUCCAAAUCAUAUUGAAUUAGCACCAAAUCAUGCUGGUAUUUUGGUUGCUUGUACAAAUUUUUCGGCAACUUUACCAGCAAUUCUUAUACCAAUAUGUGUAGGUGCUUUAUUGGAAAUAUACUCUGUACUAUUUUCGUGGACAAUUAUAUUUCUGGUUGGAAUUGCACUAUGCGUUUUAACAACAUUCAUGUAUGUAAUUUUUGGUUCUGGCGAUGAACAGCCCUGGAAUGAUGAAUAAAUUAAAUUAAAAAUAUGUUCAGAAUAUGUUCAAAAUUUGUUUAUCACUAUAGUAAAAAUAUUUAUUAAUUGUGUCUGAAAUAUUUCUGUAUAUGUAUCCAACAAAAGAGUUUCAGAGAAAGAAAUUGCUGCAUCACAGGAUAUUCCAGAACCAUCAAAUAAUCCUAAAUCAGGGAUUUCCAUAUCUAAAAUAGAUGAGACCAUAGUUAAACUACAACCUUGAUUUAUAAUUUUGAGGAGUUUUAGCUGCAAGUGUGGCGAAGUAAAAUAAAUUUAUCUCUUUCUUAUA